CGAGACCGCAACGCGCUAUGCAAAGAGGGAAAAAAGGGGAAGCUAAUAAGAUCGAAUUAACGAAGCCAAUUAAAAAACCCUAGUUUCACUCGCACUCCCUUUGACCUUUAUCCACUGCUCCCCUUGCUGUGUGUGGGCUUCUCUACGAAGGGGCCUCGCGCCCAUCGAUUCAUGUAUGUUUCUUGAUGUUUGGGGAUUGUGCCUCUUCUCAAGAACCAAAGGAUUCGGCGCAGUCUCGAUUUGAUUAAGCUUGCUACCGCGUGAGUAUGAUCCUAUCUUCAUCGUGUAACUUGCUGUAGUGUGAGAUCUGGGAUUUACAGGAUGACUUUGACCUCUUGUUUCUUUGUACUCCAUUAUGAUGAUUAUUCCGUGUCAUGGAAACAAUUAAGUGUUCCAGCAAUUUGAUGUGUUACCAUAUCUAUGGUGCUAAGUACCUGUCAUCAGGAAAUUAAAGAGACUCUUUGCUUUAAUUUCCAGACAAUGAUGGUAACAGAAACUGUAGUGAAAAAGCUUAAAAUCAAGAUCGGCUCAAAAACAGUUGGAACUCGCUGUGAAAUAGAUGCUCACGAAAAUGAGGCGAAAAUCAACAUCAACAAUGAUACACAAAGUCGACAAAAAUCUUUGGAUGAUAAAAACAAGCCUGGGAUGAAUAUAAAGUUUAAGCUUCCUGUACCUGUACCAGCCAACUCUAAUAAGAGAGGACCCCAAGCAACAGUUGAUGCUGAAAAGGUGAAAAGGCGGAAAAUGGACAGGAGUAUUAAGCAACAAUGUGGAACUAUUCUUGAAGGUCUAAUGACUCACAAACUAGGGUGGGCUUUCCUAAAACCUGUAGACCCUGUUGCUUUCAACAUUCCUGAUUAUUUUGAUAUUAUCACUAACCCUAUGGAUCUGGGCACAAUUAAAUCAAAGUUAAGAAACAACUUAUACUCCACUAUUGAGGAAUUUGCAGCUGAUAUCAGGCUCGUAUUUGCUAAUUGCAUGAGAUAUAACCCACCCAUGAAUGAAUUUCAUGUCAUGGCAAAGGAGUUGAACUGUUUUUUCAAUAAAAAGUGGAAAGUAAUGGAAGCGAAGUGGAAAAGUAAGAGCCGAACUGGUGAACAUAGUUGUCUUCUGAAUCCAAAUGGAAACGAUUCUCAAGAUGCAAAUAAGUAUUGCCAUAGGAAAACCCCUUUGCAUGUUAGCCUGAUGACGACAAAGAGGUUGAUGCGGGUUGAGGACAAACAUGAAUUGAAGAAGGAACUUUCUGAGCUCUUAAGGGGAAAGGUUAUUGAUACUAUGCAGAGUGCACUCCAAAAGUUCGGCUUGGCUGUGAUGGGAAAAGGAAAUUUGAAAGUUGAUUUAGACAUGCUGGAUGAUGAAACUUUAUGGGAGUUAAAGAGGGUGUUGAAUGCCGCAUUGGAUGCCAGGGAUAUAAGGGCAGAAUCUGCAGAAGUGACACAACAUGUCCUUUCUGGGAAAACUAGCCACAAAGAUACCAAACUUUCAGUGAGCUCUGUUGAUCCCAAGGUUGACUCUUGUGGUAGUCCGUGUAAAUGCUGCCCACAAGAGAUUGGUUCGCAAAAGGAAGUUGAAAUUCCUAGCUUUGACCAUUCAUCAUGUGCCACCACUACCGCCACUGGUUGCGCUUCACUUGUUGAUGCUCAGCUUUCCCCAACAAAGGCGCUACGUGCUGCCAUGCUUAAAAGCCGUUUUGCAGAGACAAUUUUCAAAGCAAAUCAUAAGGAUGAUGUGGUUGACCCAUCAAAGUUGCAGCAAGAAAAAGAGAAACUCCAAAAGCAGCAGCUUGCAGAGAAAGCAAGGAUUGAAGAACAAAUUAAAGCUGCUGAAACCUCUGCGCGAAUGAGGGUAGAGACUGAGUUGAAAAUCCAGAGGGAGAGAGAAAGGGAAGCUGCCAGGAUUGCAUUGGAGAAGAUGGAAAGAACUGUUGAUCUUGAUGACAAUUUGAAGAUACUCAAAGAUCUUGAGAAGCUUUGUCAAUGCCCACGCUCUAAUGAUAUACUUGUCUAUGGAGUUGGAGUGAAUCUUUCUGAAGCUAGAAAUCCACUAGAGAGGCUUGGUUUGUAUAUAAAGGAGGAAAUUCUGCAAGAAGAAGAAGCAGUUUUAAAUGAAGAUGGGGAAGAGGGGGAGAUCCUUAUCUAAUAAGGACUACUGACAUACAUGUCUCUAAUCGUUUUUGUUCUCUUGGCUCACCUCGACUUGUUUAUAUGACGUGUUGAGAAGGGGAGAAAAUAUGGAAGUGGUUAUAAUGUUUAUAGCCUUUUGUGGAGUGCAAUAUUGUUGUGGAAAUGUGACUGGUUAGGCUUGAAAAAAUUGUACAUUGAAUUUUGUAAAAAUAUGCGAAUGAAUCUAUCUUAAAACAUAACAUACUAAAUUCCCAGCAUUUGGAAGCAUCUUCAACUCGUGUUAUUGUCUAGUGUUAACUGUUAAGGAAGGGAGGUGUGAAGUGUAAACACGCCAGGAUUUGUUCAAUGUUUUUGUGCAGUUGAAUAAAAUUAGC